AAGUCGACUGGUCCGGUUGCACCUGGCUCAAAGGACAUCCCUGUUGGCGCCGAGAACUGUCUGGCGGGUCUGUCGUUUGUGUUUACGGGGGAGCUGUCGUCGAUCUCUCGCGAGGAUGCGCAGGAUCUGAUCAAGCGUUACGGCGGCCGCGUCACCGGCGCACCCAGCGGCAAGACCUCGUAUGUGGUCGUUGGCGAUGAGCCGGGUCCAUCGAAGAUCGCCAAGAUCAAAGAGCUCAAGCUCAAGACCCUCGACGAAGACGGACUGCUCGAUCUCAUCCGUAAAUCCAAGCCAAAUGUGCUCGCUGCCAACCGAGGCACUAACACGACAUUGAUACCAAGCAGCUCUUCACAAGGCACCAUGCGGCACCAGCAACCCAAUGCUGAGCUAUGGACAGAAAAAUACCGGCCCCGGACAAUCAACGAGCUGGUUGGAAACCCAGGGCUCGUCCAGAAGCUGGCCAGGUGGCUGCGCGGAUGGGACGAAUACCGUCGCGAUGGGUUCCCGAAGGACAAGGACGAGUUUCACGUCAAGGCUGUGCUUCUCUCUGGCCCGCCUGGCAUCGGCAAAACGACCGCUGCCCAUCUGGUGGCCGUGACGGAGGGGUUCGAGCCUAUAGAGUUCAAUGCAAGUGACACCCGAAGCAAAAAGUCCCUCGACGUGAGUACAGUGCACCGAUCCGUCCACCGCCGAUGUACAGCGUGUGCAAUUUGUGUGCUGAUCCAUUUUUUGACAUCGGAGCAGUCAAGCGAUGUCAAGUCACAUGUGGUGAUCAUGGACGAAGUCGACGGUAUGUCGGCUGGCGAUCGCGGCGGCGUUGCUGAAUUGAUUCAGAUCCUCAAAAGAUCCAAGGUUCCGAUCAUCUGUAUAUGCAACGACCGCGCAUCGCCCAAGAUUCGAUCGCUGGCCAACUACUGCCUGGAUUUGAGAUUCAGGCGGCCGACGGAUACCCAAAUGGAAGUCCGGCUGCGGGAUAUUGCUGAGCGAGAGGGGCUGUUGCUGCGGCCCAAUGUGGUCAGCCAGCUGGUACAGUCGACUGGCAGCGACGUUCGCCAGAUUCUCAACAUCUUGUCCACGUACCGGCUCAAGGCCACAAGUCUGUCGUACGACCAGUCCAAGGAACUUACCAAAAUGUCCGAGAAGGAUGUGGUUGUCGGGCCAUUCGAGGUCACGCAGAAGCUGUUCAACCAGGGCAUCUACCGCAGCGCCAGCAUGGCCGAGAAGCUCGAGUACUACUUUUACGACUUUUCUCUUGUUCCGCUGAUGAUCCAGGAGAACUACCUCAAAUCCGCCCCGGCCAUCGCCAGAGAAGUCGGCGGGGCCUCGCCCAGGAAGAUGGCUCUCGAAACCCUGAAGCUGCUCAGCAACGCAGCCGACUCGAUAUCUGACGGCGACAUCCUCGAUCGGGUUCUGCGCUCCUCGAACAACUGGGGCUUGAUGCCGGCCCAUGCUCUGCUUUCGACCGUCCGCCCGGCCUUCUUCACCCACGGUGGACUCACUGGCCAGGUUGCCUUUUCAUCGUUCCUCGGCAACAACUCGACCCAACAGCGGCGAUACCGGCUCCUGCGUGAGAUCCAGAUGCACAUGGGACUCCGCAUCAGUGGCGACAAGAAAGAAGUGCGACAGACGUACAUUCCAUCUCUGAGCCUUGUCCUCAGCCAGCCCAUCAUCGACUCACACGAUGAUGGAAUCAGAGAUGUUAUCUCGAUGAUGGAUGGCUACUAUCUCUCCAAAGACGACUGGGACAACGUCAUGGAGCUCGAUCUCCAGGGCGACGCCAAGGCUGCAAAGAUCUCACGCAAUCUCAAGACGAGCUUCACCAAAGUGUACAACCAAGGGUCCCAUCCCAUGCCAUUCAGCACCACCGGCGCCACGUCCAAGUCUGGCCGCGGCGGUGCAGGCGCUGGACGUGCGGGCGAGUCUGGUGGUUUGGAUGGUUACGAGGAGGUGGACGACGAGGACGCCAACGAGGCCGAAGGCAACAACGACGAGAGCGACCCGACGGAAGACGUAUCGUCGUUCGUGAAGAAGAAGAGCGCUGGCAAGGGCUCGCGUGCAGGCCAGAGCAAGGGCAAGGCGACUGCGAGAACUGCAGACGAUGUGGGCGUCGGAUCGUCCCGCAAGCGAGCCCAUCGCGACUGA